UAUUCACAGUUGUAUUUUUCUCUUAUCUCUAGGGUUCUGGUCUGGGGCGAAAUUAUCUCUUCCUCUUUUGCUUGAUGGGUACUGGAAAUUCCUUUUGUAUCUUCAUAUUGGCGCUUGUUUUUGUUGCAGGCAAGGAUCAGACGGUGUGUGAUGCAGCUCGUAAUCUUGCAAAUACAACACCUGUGCCCGUUCUUCCCACCAUACCAUCUCUUCCAGUCAUACCAUCUCUUCCAGUUAUACCUCCGCUGCCUUCCUUUCCUACUAUUCCCACAAUCCCAACAAUCCCUACAAUCCCCACUAUUCCUUCUAUCCCUUUCUUAUCUCCACCCCCUUCAACUACAAAUCCAUGAAUAUGAGGGUGCACAGGAGCUACUUGUGUGUAGGGAAUGUGAAUCUUUCUCGCCAUGUAAUAUUAACAUAUGUUAGUUACCUCUUAUGUGUUUCGUAUGGUGAUGUAUGAGUGAGGCUGUGUUUCUAGGGUGUUUCGUUUUUUAC